AUUAGAAAGUGUGAUGAUAAUGAUAAUCAUAAAGAGAUGUCUCUAUUAGAUUUCAAAAAAUAUAAAAAAACAUAUUCUGAAAUGGAUAAUGUGAAAAGUCUUGUUCAUUCAUUCAUUUUAGAUCCUUAUGAUGAUACAUACAUAAAAGAAAAUGUAUUUACCAAAACUGAAUUACAAGAAAUUCAGAAUUCAAAGCAAGCAAAUGCUAUCAAUGCCUUCUAA